UCCCGCAAGCACCGCUGGGAGAGGUGAAAUUCAGGAGCAGCAGCAGCAGCACGGGAGAGAGUGGUGGCCGAGACGGAGCGAGCCGAGAGAGAUGGGGGGCACGAUGUGAAUCUCCCCCCCACUGCCCCCUGCAACGUCUUCAUCAUCGGCUUCAUCACUGAGCCCGCUUAAUUUAAAUGUGGCAUCAUCAUCAUCAUCAGCGGCAGGAUCAUAAUCAUCAUUCGCAGCAGGAGCAAGAUAAUGAGCAGCGGUAGGAUCGUCAUCAUCCUUAGGAGCAGCAGGCAGCAGCAGCAGCAUCAGCAGCAGCAACAGUAGCUGCAGGAUCAUCGUCAUCAUUAGCAGCUGCAGUAGCAGCAUCAUCAUCAGUAAAUAGUCAUAAUCCAUCAGCAGCAAUAUCAUUAUCACCAAUUAAUUAUUUAAAUCACAAGCGAAACCGAAACGUCACGACGCACAGUGUUUCCAUCGCUCUGCUUGCAAGGAAGAAGACCUGGGAUCUAAUGAGGUGCACAGGCGGGCCAGGAGGAGGGGAUGGAGGGCUGACGAGGAAGAUUAAGGAAUGAGGAGGAGGCGCGGGACCAGAGGUUGUUGACCACUCCGAAUCAUCUUCAGUCGGGAGUGUUCGAUCACUCCUCUGGCUCCCUCGUCCUCUUGCACGGCCUCUUGACAAGAUCACGCCGGGCACGACCGCGGCGCUGUUCUCGCCCCGCACCACCCGACAGCGGGGGGUGGGGUGGUGGGGAGCAUCCGCUACAUCCCAAGUUCGAUCCCCGGGAUUUUUAGUUUUUUUUUAUUGUCGCCGUGGGAUUUUUUUUUUCGCCGUUGGAUUUUUUUUUUUUCCAAUGGGAACCUCCCGCGAUGGAUGACGGCGGCGCUCGGUGCGGCUGGUGCCCCGGAACGACGUGGGCAUGAAACCGCCGCCACCGCCGCCGGCCCGAAAAAUGGAGCAGGGCUCGCAGCUCCCCGCGUCUCCUCCCUGGGCCUUCGCCGCCUUCCUGCUGGCGCUCACCGUCGGACCCUUGUGCAUGGGGCCCGGCACCUGCUUAAGCCGAGCGGAGACCGAGUCCAUCAUACACAUCGGGGCGAUCUUCGAGGAGUCGGCGCUCAAGGAUCAGGAGGCGUUCAGCCUGGCCGUGGCCGACAUCAACGCCAACGAGGAGAUCCUGCAGAGCGAGCAGAUCACCUACUCGAUCCGCACCGUGGAGGGAGACAACCCCUUCCAGGCCCUGCAGGAAGCGUGCGAGCUCAUGGAGCAAGGAAUCCUGGCGCUCGUGAGCUCCACGGGCUGCGCCACGGCCUCCUCGCUGCAGUCACUGAGCGACGCCAUGCACAUCCCGCACCUCUUCGUGGAGCGGGGGGGCCCCGCGGCCUCCCCCUCGUCGGCAGGGGGGGCGGCCGGCACGGGGGGCUCUCCCCGCAGCGGCUGCGAGCUGCCCCCGCACCCCCCGCCGCUGCCGCCGCAGACGACGACCGACCCCGGGGCGCCGGGCGUGGAGGAGCCGCAGGGCUACACGCUGACGGCGCGGCCGCCCGCCGUGCUGGGCCACGUGCUGACGCGCGUGCUCGCCGACUUCGCCUGGCGCAAGUUCAUUCUCUUCUACCAGGCUGGAUACGACAUCCGUGGGGUGCGCGGGUUCCUGGCGCGCGCCGCCCGCCAGGGAGCCGAGGUGUCGCUGCAGCAGGUGGACGGGAACGUGGGCCGCAUGAUCGCCUCGCUCUUCCGCUCGCUCAAGUACGAGGAGCUGAACCGCUACCGCGACUCGCUCCGCAGGGCCGUGCUGCUGCUCAACCCGCGCCUGGCACGCACCUUCAUCGCCGAGGCCGUGGAGGCAAACCUCAUCGCGGCCGACAGCCACUGGCUCUUCCUGAACGAGGAGGUGAGCCUGGUGGAGGUGCAGGAGCUGGCGCGUGUCUCCGUCGGCCGCCUCACCGUGCUGCGCCAGGUGUUCCCCGCACCGCGCGACCCGGCGCACAGGUGCGAGCGCGACGGGCACCACGUCUCGCCGGCGCUCUGCGACCCCCAGGACCCCGCCUACAUGACCCCUGAGGUGAGCAGCCUGUACAUCUAUGACAGCGUGGUGCUGCUGACCACCGCCUUCCACCAUAAGCUGGAGGACCGCAAGUGGCACAGCAUGGCCAGCCUGAGCUGCCUCAAGCGCUGGACCAAACCCUGGAACGGCGGACACUCCAUGCUGGACGUCAUCCGCAAGGGGCGAGUGUGGGGGCUGACGGGAGAGCUCCAGUUUAAUGAGCUCGGCGUGAACCCCCACCUGCAGUUCGAGGUCCUGGGCACCAGCUACGCCGACGGCGGCCAGGAGAAAACCGUGCGGAAGCUCGGCGUCUGGGACCCCGUGAAUGGACUCAACGGCUCGCUGAGUGACAGCAUGCCAGGACGCAACAUCCGCGGGGUCACGCUCAAGGUGGCUGUUGUGCUGGACCCGCCGUUCGUGAUGAAGGCGAGCAACGUCCUGGGGCAGCCCAAGCGCUUCGUGGGCUUCGCCGUCGACGUGCUGGAGGAGCUGUCGCGUCACCUGGGCUUCACCUACGACCUCUACCAGGCGCCCGACAACAGCUACGGCCGCCCGGGGCCUGGCGGCUCCUGGAACGGCUUGCUCGGGGAGAUCCUGCACAAGCAAGCGGACGCUGGCCUGGGCGCGAUGGUCAUCACGCCGGAACGCGAGUCGGCCGUCGACUUCACGGUGCGCUUCCUGGACCGCGGCGUCGCCGUGAUGCUGCGCCGGCCCGACCCCUCAUGGCACCUGCUGUCGUGCCUCUCGCCCCUGGAGCCCGCCGUCUGGACCUGCCUCUCGGUCACCGUGUGCCUCGUGGGCGUCCUCGUGCACCGCCUCAACGAGCUGCACGGCAAGGACGACGGCGGUGGCAGUGCCAGCGGAGGCACGGCCGACGACGAUGACUAUGAGGACAUGGACGACGACGCGGAUGAGGACGAGGAGGAGGAGGAGGACGACGCUGGAGAGGAGGAGGACGACGAGGACGGCGUCAACGCGGAGGCGCGGGCGAGCGAGAGUGGCAGCGGCAGUGGCCGAGACGGAUCCGGAUCCGCCGUGCGGCGGCGGCGGCGCGCCAGCUCGGCCUCCUGCCGGCGCAGGGCCCGAGGUCCGCGCGGCGGUGGCGGCGGUGCCGGUCGUGGUGGCGCCGGUGGCGUCGGUGGUGGGAGACUAAACAAACCCCUCAGCAUCCCGACCACAAUCUGGGCCCUCUACUCUGCGCUGAUGCAGCAAGGAGGGGAGCUGGUGCUGAUGUCGGUGUCGGCGCGGGUCAUGGUGGCCGUGUGGUGGUUCUUCACGCUCAUCGUCGUCUCGUCCUACACGGCCAGCCUGGCCGCCUACCUCACCCUGUCGCGCCUCACCAGCCCCAUCAGUUCUCUGCAGGAGCUCGCGAGGCAGACGGAGAUGUCGUACGGCACGGUGCUGCACUCGAGCCUCUACGAGCAGCUGCGAGCGCGCGCCGCCAACCCCGUGGGGCCCGAGCACGGCACCUACGCCAAGCUGUGGGAGGCCGUGAGCCGCAACAACGGCUCCGACAACUGCGUGCACAACCUGGACGAGGCCGUCCACCGGGUGAAGCGUGGGAACUACGCAUUCGUGUGGGACACGGCGGUGCUGGAGUUCGCCGCGCUGUCGGACGGCGACUGCUCGCUGAGCGUGCGGAACGUCCACUACGACAAGGGCUACGGCAUCGCCCUGCAGCACGGCAGCCCCUACCGGGACGCCUUCUCACAGCGGCUGCUGGAGCUGCAGGAGAGCGGCGAGCUGGAGGCGCUGCGCCAGAAGUGGUGGCCUCGGCGCGGGAAGUGCGACCCGUACGGGCCGGGCCUCCCCCAGCAGCGGCCCCCGGGCCUGGAGCUGAGCAGCCUGGCCGGGGCCUUCGCCGUGCUGGCCGCGGGCCUGCUGCUGGCCUGCCUGCUGGGCGCCUGCGAGGCGUGCUGGCACCGGCGCUCCGGGAACCUGUGCCCGCCAAACGACGACAAAGAGCUGGAGAUGGAGCAGGCGCACGAGCAGAUGAAGGGCCUCGGUGCGGCGAGCCGGCACGGCGAGGGGGGGCGACCGGGGGACGGCGGCAGCGACGGCGGGAGCGGCGACGGCCGCGGCGACGAGAUGCACAAGCGGAUCUUCCUCACGCCCGUGGAGCUGCCGGCUCUGGACGCCGCCCGGAGCGAGGGCUUGCGCGAGGCCUUCGAGCUGCCCACGCCGCUGCCCCUCGGCGCGGAGCCGCCGGGGACCGACGCUGCCGCUCCCGAGGCAGCAAAAGUGCAGCAGCAGCAGCAGCGGCGGCGGCAGCAGCAGCAGCAGCAAGAGCUUCACGAGAGAGAACAUCAGCAGAUGCAUCAUCAGCUUCAGAAUCCUCAUCAACAACACCAACUGCAGCUCCAGCAGCAGCAGCAUCAACAGCAGCUGCUGCAGCAGCAGCAGUUGCAGCAACAGCAGUUGCAGCAACAGCAGCAACAUCAACAGCCACAGCAGCAGCAUCAACAGCCACAGCAGCAGCAUCAACAGCAGCUGCUGCAGCAUCAGCAGCAAUUGCAGCAGCAGCAUCAACAACAGCAACAGCACCAUCAACAGCAGCAGCAGCAUCAACAACAGCAACAGCACCAUCAACAGCAGCAGCAUCAACAACAGCAACAGCACCAUCAACAUCAACAGCAGCAGCAGCAUCAACAGCAGCAACAGCAGCAGCAAGACGAUCGGCAGGCUUGCCAUCUCUCCGGGUCUCAGGUGGGCCCUCUGCCAGAGCUGUUGCAAGGUCGGCUGUUUCUACAGCCGGCAUCGGACAGCACGGGCAUGAGACCAGUCGGGCAGUCGUCACCUCAGAAGCAGCAGCAGCAGCUACUACAGCAUAAGCAGCAGCAGCAGCUACCACAGCGACAUUCUCCGCAGCAGCAGUUGCCACAGCAGCAGCAGUUGCCACAGCAACAGUUGCCACAGCAGCAGCAGCAGCUACCACAGCGACAUUCUCCACAGCAGCAGUUGCGACAGCAGCAGCAGCAGUUGCCACAGCAGCAGUUGCCACAGCAGCAGUUGCCACAGCAACAGUUGCCACAGCAACAGUUGCCACAGCAGCAGCAGCAGUUGCCACAGCAGCAGUUGCCACAGCAGCAGCAGCAGCUGCUACAGCAGCAGUUGUCACAGCAACAGUUGCCACAGCAGCAACAGUUGUCACAGCAACAGUUGCCACAGCAGCAGUUGUCACAGCAGCAGUUGUCACAGCAACAGUUGCCACAGCAGCAACAGUUGCCACAGCAACAGCAGUUGCCACAGCAGCAGCAGUUGCCACAGCAGCAGCAGUUGCCACAGCAGCAGCAGCUGCCACAGCAGCAGCAGCUGCCACAGCAACAGCAGUUGCCACAGCAACAGUUGCCACAGCAGCAGCAGUUUCAAGGCGAUUACAAAACGGUUCCCAGCAAGUCGGCGCCGUUUCAGUCGCUGUCGGUGACGACGCAGACGGCGCUCUCUGAGCUGGUGCCAGAGCCCACGGUGAGCACCUCGAUCUGAGCGUGCGGUGGCGGCGUUGGCGCGGAACCCGCGAAGCGCAUCGGCUCGCAGGAACGGAGGGACGGGAAGAAAAGAAACGCACGAAAAACGCUCGCACACUUUCACCGCUUGACCAAAUUUCAUUUUUUCGUUUUGUUUGCGGGGUACGGGAGUUGGUACCGCGUGCCCGCCCGUCGCACCGUCUCGCCCCGUCGCACCGUGUUGCCCGUCACACCGUCUCACCGGCCACACCGCUAUCUCGCUUAUCGUUACACCGUCUCACCCGCCGUUUCACCGUCUCUGCAGUCCUCGGAGUCGAAAACGGAUGUUCUCCGCUUUGUCGUUGCCACUCGAGGUGGGGGAAAAAACCCCGUGCCACAUUUCCACAUUCCCAAUCUGAAAAGCAAAAGCCGGGCACCCUCUUGGGCUGUUUGAAUAACAGCCCUGCGUCUCUCGCUCCCUCCUCCCACCACUCGGUGGCCACGCAGCCUCCGUGGCCUCUGACCCCUCCUGCCCUGUUGCCCAAUUAUCCCCUAAAUGGGCCCGGUAGGCAUGCAACGUUGGGCCAAUGUUGGUUGACGUCGAGCUAACGUUGGUUCCGGGUCAACCAACCUUGGCCCAGCUGUUGCAUGUGUAUAAUGGCGAUAUUUAAAUAUAUAUUUUUUACAAUGUUUGAUGUGAAUUUUGUUCACGUUGCAUUGGCACAAGCGUGCAUACGAAAUAUCUUUAGAGCCCUGUGGUUGAUUUGCUUAUAGCCUGGCCGCUUUCCCAAAUCUCAUCAAGGUUUAUGCAGUGAAGACUUCUCUACAAGGCCACCCAUCCUCCUCCUGAGCGGAUAAAAGGAAAACACGCACACACAUGGCUCUCUCCAUCUCAUUCUCUUCUUCUCUGCACUUGCCCUUACAGAGGCCGCUGGUUGUCACCGGUUCUGUUGGCUUCUAUCGUAGUCCUUCCUAGAUUUGAAGCUUUCGUGACUGCAAAUAUUCAUAUUCUUAGGUUUUUUUCGGUAAAGUCACGUAGGUAAAAAAUUAAAAUGAAUAAAGUAGUCGUUCAGUCCGUUUUUGUUUUCAACACGGAGCGGUUUUUGCCAUUGGGACAGGCCGCAGGAUGCCUCAUCAUCAUCAUCAGAAAUCAAUUAUUUGUCAUACCGCGCCUCCCAUGCAGUGCAUCGGUACAUGCAGUGAAUGAACAGGUGGUGUUUUUUGCCCAAAGUGGCGUGGCACGGAUCACCGUAGUGGUCUUGUCCCCCCGCCCCCCCCCCCCCCCCCGUACUGGGCCUUGCCUUAAGCUUUCUUGGCAGACUCGUAGCAAGAGGCGAGGGCGGCUUGGCUAAUCAUCAGCCGCAGGUGCUUGCCCAAUGGGCAUUGUUUUGACCACACUUCACCACACUUAUUGAAUAUAUAUAUAUAUUUUUAAAGGUACGUUGCGAUUUGUACCAAUGAUAUAAUCUACGAUGCAAAAUGUUCAACCGACUUUUUUAAAGGACAACGAAUCAUCGCGAGACGAUGUAAGGCUCGCGAUUAUUGUAGACCGAUCGAGGCGGUGCGUGGUUACAUGUUUUAUUUGUGCACGAACAGAGAAGGACAUUUAUUCUGGACAGCGAGCAAAAUGCAUCCUGGGAUGCAAUUACCAGGAAAUCUUGCAAAGAUGAAUGGAAACGCACGCACAUGCAGUGUCGGUGAAAGGGAAAAUAAAAUAUUCGAGUGAAGGCUAUAAAAGUUGGGUAAUUAGAUUUUCUUUUAAUCGGACCAUAUCCAAGCAAUUCAAAAACAAAAUGGUCAAUUUGUUCGUAAACAAGUAACACCUUUUCAAAAUAAAGACAGGCUCAAUUAACAUAAGCAUCAGGGGGGGAGGCGUGGAACCCCAAAACCAAUUUCCUAACUAGUCAAAUAAAUGCUCCGAUUUUUUUUCUUUAGGAAAACUCCGUAAAGUUUUAAUGACUGGCAUCUCAUCGCUUUAAAUAAAUUAAUUUUAAGGGUUAAUUUGCACAAAUUCAGUCACGUUCAACCGUUGAUUUGGGGGUUGGGGGGGUUGAAAUGGCUCCACCCCAGCGUUACUGUCAAGCAAAACCUGGGUUCCGAUUGCAAACAACUCGCUCGAAAUCGCGACCGGAUUAAACAUUUAUUUCAUUUGCAUCCUGAGUCAAAGCCCUUUUAGGUAAUCCACUGCUUAGAUAAAAGUCUCCCAAAGCCAUGUCGGUCAUGGGGAUUGUUUGACCGUACUUCCUCACAACCAUUCGCUGCCGAUUGGAGACCCACAGAGGACCUGUUCAGAUAGAUAUUACUUGCCCCCUAUAGCUAACCAUGGCCUGGUAUCAAACUCAGCUGGCUGUGUCCUUUGUGCUGUGGCCAAACGCUGUUUCACCGCUUCACCGCACGACUAUAACGCUUUUAAUUUCAUGAUUUACUUUCCAAAAGCCUCUCUGAGCCUUGAGAUGCUUUCGAAGGAGGGUCCUGCUUAGGAAUUGUUGGCCAAUUCCGUUUGGAAUAGGAUUGUCUUGCUUCGUGUGGAAAGAUACCCGACAAACCCAAAGAAAUCCCUACCACGCGGACGAUGUGAUUGGCUCUCGGUCCGCUACGCAGACAGGUUCACGUACCGACCUUUGCUGUACUGCCGUCUGCUGCCCACCCGCAAGCCCUGCAGCCUUGUGAUUAUCACAUCACUACGUGGUCCACCAACCCCCACCUCGAAAGCACUGUAUUACAUCCAAGGCCACGAGCACUUUUGAUUUUUAGUCACAUCUAGCUUUUCGGAGACAUUUUUUUUUGGGGGUGGGGGCAUUUUCCCUACAAUUUGUCAUGCGUUAUUGACGUCACAUCAUUCGCAAGAGCCCUGUUCAGAAAUGUUGCAUCGCAGUGUUCACUUUGCUUGUCUGAGAAUUGCUGAACAACAGAGAUGUUCAGAAAACUCCCUUCAAGUGACCUUGUCAUCUUCACCAAUGUUUUGAUUCCCAGAAGUUGGAAUUUAAUGAAAUUCAGUAAAAAAUAUAAUUGUUUCAUAAUUACUAUUUUUCGUGCGGGGAGUCCACGCCGCGUGGUGACUGGGUUGAGACCAGAAACUCACUCACACUUGAGAACCCGAUUUGAUGUUGUAACUUGCUGACCCGCCCAGACUGAACAUCUGUUGAAAAGAGCUUUAUAGCUCAUCGGAUUCAUUCUCCAGUCUAAAUGAAGAUUCUGAUUUCCGAUUAAUCAUGCUCGGCAAAAACCCGGAGUCGAACCGAGGACCUCAGCGGUGCCGGCUCGGUAUUGUCAUCCCUAAGCCACCCGAUUAUCUGGGAGCAAACAGACAAUCAAUUUCUGGGUUGGUACAAACCUUGAGCCCAUCAGGUGCAUGCGGCGGUGGGGUGGGGGGGGGGUGUGGAGAGAGGGCAAGUUGGAACAGCGCAGACGUAUUGUUAGCCCUGUUACAUUGUCCUGGGGUUUUGGUCUCGGAGUGCACGAUGUUCCGGGGAUUCAUAAUUCCGAGGAGGUCUAAGCUGCACGUCCACCUCCCUUGACAAACGUAGCACCCGUCGCCACCACCCAGGAAUUGUCCCCGAUUCUCACACGCAGCCACCGAAGCUCCCUCUGUCCGCCCUCCCGUACCCACAAGCUCUCCGCGUAACUUUUUUUUUGAACUGGACCCGAGGGGAGACGGAAGAGAGAUGACCCAAAAAAACAAAUUUGUAAGAGUGAAGAAGCGAGAGGUGGCGUGUGAAGUCCGUGCCGUUACUCGCGAACUGCACAGAUGGGUUACGACUGAACGAACAACAAGACAAGAUGUCAAAACGAGAAGGACUCACUUUGUGAGGUCAGCUAACGGCAUGUGAACGUGGGACUCUUAAGCCACUACCGCUGCCACCACCACCGCCGCCACCACGGCCACCUUGAAGUGCUGCUCAUUCGUGUGUCACGGUGCAAUUGUGCGCAUUGCGAGCGGUGGCGAUGUUGGAGAUAAUGACGAUGGGUGGUGGUGAUUAACGACGAUUGUUUUCCGUUGGCGUUUUUUUUUCAAAACAGGGCAUUCGUUGAAUCCGCCCUGUGUCACGAAACGCGCACCUUUUGCAUUGCGACGCCUACUGCGUGAGGCCGUGUCAAACGCGAGGGUACAUUUUUUUACGGAAAUUGUCACCCGUUAGCAAAUCGUUGCUAGCCACGGUUUCCACACGGCCGUUAUUUUGUCGCGGGGGAAAAAAAAAGAAUCAACCAGUUUCCCAAAACGUGGCCGAAAAUCUUGACUCGGGGUGGGCAACGUCCGAUCGGAUCGCGGACAGAAGUCCCAACGUGACUGUUCGAGAUGAUGCGAUGGAGACGAUAUUGGCCGACCGUCAAACCACACCGGGCGGUGUUCUCCACGUCCAGACGGAAUCCCCACCCAUCUCUUUUGUCCACCGCUGUAUCAAGUUGGUAUUUUUUUUAUGUGGGGGGAGGGGUUUGCCGCAGUUGCUCACGGCAAAUGUCUCGCGUCGGUGAUGAUGUUUGGCAACGAUUGUCCAAAAAUUGCCCUCGUGUAUCAUCAUGUCCUUUGCUAUAUAUAUAUAGUAUAUAUAAACUAAAAAUUACGGAGGAAAAGGCGCAUUGUAUAGUAUUUUAUUCUAUUAACGCCCACGUAAAUGCCGGGCAAAAUUUUUAACAGAUAACAUUUUCACACCUCUUAUGAGCUUUGUAAAAAAAAAAAGAUGAUGUAUAUUAGACAGAGAGAGAGUGGAGAAUAAGAAUAAAAAACAGAUCAGUGUGUGUGCCCCCCCCCCCCCCCCAUAACCACCCACACCCCCGCCACCCACUCCUUGUUUGGCAGCCGAUUUUCGACCCUUUUCUGCAUCUCUCUUCGUGACCUACCCCCCACUCCCUCCUGCUAGAGAAGUGUCGCCGUGCAUGCACAGAAGCGCAGGGAGACACGUGCUACCCUCCUAGCGGCGGGCAAACCACCACAGUGGGGGGAUGGGGGGAGCAUUGGGGUCCACUGCUUUGCUUGCUACGGAGUGCCAUGCCGCACGCGUGCGUUCAUGACCGCUACCCACCCACCCGGGCACACUCUGAUCGUGGACGUCCACUCUGUCACUCAUUCGCCGAAACCGCUCACACACAGACACACGCGCGCGCGCGCGCACACACAAACAACGGUUGUUAAGAACUCACACGGAUAACGAUGAAGCACUAUCCUGCCAAAAUAGGCUCGUAUCAUUAUUCUUAUUAUUGUUCUAUAUUAAAAGAUAUGUAUUAGUUGAUAAUUGGUUUUUUUACCCUUCUAUCUGGCAAUAAAACUGACACCUUUUUUACAAGGAGUCAAAAGGCGUCAUCUGGUCCAACCCAUGUGAGACUAGGCUCUAAGGAAAGCUGUCUCGGGUGUGGACCAAUCAACUUCAAGGACAGUGCAUACAUUAUCAGAGUUAUGUUUUUUGUUUGCAUUAUGACUGCAGGUAUUGUGGUCUAUGCAAACAUGACUCCUUGUAAAAAAGGUGUCAGUUUUGUUGCCAGAUAGAAGGGUAAAAAAACUAUUAUAUUUUUUACUGGCAAAUGAGGUUCCAAUGGUGAUAUAUAUUAGUUGUUUUGAUUUAUUUUGUCCUCUCCCCCCCAACCCCCUCUGUGGAAUUGUAAUAAUUUAUCGUUGGGUUGUUUUCGUUUGCUUGUUUGUUUGUCUGUCUGGUGGUAAUCUGAAAUAUUCGACAGGUUCGCUGUUGAUGCUCAGGACUCUGCUUCUGUUGCCUGGUUGGUUGGCUGAUGUUGCCACGUGAUCGGCGCGAGACGUGCAAUAGACAUGCAGGCGACUCUCAAUGUGUCUGGCAUAUGCAGUGGGAGUGGGGGGGGGGGGGCUAGAUGGGGACGAGUGGCCCGGAUGAAACGAAGAGCAAAACUCACGGAUAGCGCAAAACGGGCGUGAGUCGUGCUGCUGCUAAAACGCAAUCAAUGUUUACCGACGCAAUGUAUGUGUGUGGGGGGGGGGGGGUGGUGAAGACGUAAACACACACACACACAUCGAUGUUUAUUGUUUAGCAAAGUAUUCGGGUUUUCUUCCCAACGUGUUUGCGUUCACAUCAUCGUCGAGUCACUUAGCCCUCGAUACUGAAGCGAGCGAGCGUGAAGAAACGUCGGGUUUUGUCACGAGCGUGGUUAAUACACAAGCCCGAUAAUCUGCCCUCGGAUAAUCGACAGGCUAGUGUAUGGACCUUAAAAUGGCAUAAUGAUGAUUCUGAUGAUGAUUACGAAUGAUACAAAUAGCAAGUGCGGUGAAAUUAUCAACGUUUAAGCUCGACUCAAUCUCUCUCGCUCGCUUCGCUUCAACCAAUCGACUGGCUUGGUUAGCGCUCACUAAUCGGUUAGCGCUCACUAAUCGGUUAGCGCUCACUAAUCGGUUAGCGCUCACUAAUCGGUUAGCGCUCACUAAUCGGUCAGGGCUCACUAAUCGGUUAGCGCUCACUAAUCGGUUAGCGCUCACUAAUCGGUUAGCGCUCACUAAUCGGUUAGGGCUCACUAAUCGGUUAGCGCUCACUAAUCGGUUAGCGCUCACUAAUCGGUUAGCGCACACUAAUCGGUUAGAGCACAUUAAUCGGUUGGCGCACACUAAUCGGUUAGCGCUCACUAAUCGGUUAGCGCACACUAAUCGGUUAGCACUCGUUACUCACGUUAAACGGUGAUGGGAGAAGAUCGGUAAAACCUGCAAGGCAAAUACGAACGGACACCAUGCUCGCUCCAGGUCGGUUGGAAUUUUGCUCAAUCGUCAGUGAUGUCGAUUUAACGCGUGCAGCAGGUGACCUGUUCUCAGUGCACCCCCGAUAAUUCCACAGGCCUCCAACUUCAAGCCGAAACUCGUAAUGUAUGAAUUCUAGAUUUGAAGCUUUCGUGACUGCAAGGAUUCAUAUUCUUAGGUUUUUUUCGGUAACGUCGCGUAGGUAAAAAAUUUCAAUUAAUAAAAAUAAAAUAAAAAUCACGACGUUUC